GAGCCGAGCCCGCGCGCGGGCGGGGGGGCGGCCGGGGCAGCGCCGCCGGGGCCGUGUCGGCGGCUGGCGCACUAUGCGAGGCCGGGAGGAUGGCGGUGGAAGCUAUCCAUUGCAAUCUGAAUCCAAGUGGUAUUGAUCACCCUGUCCCCACAGAAGGUAUUAAUCUGCAACUUGAAGGUGAAGGAGUUGAAUCACCUUCUGUUAAGAACAGUAGUACUCCAAAAGGGCCUGAGUCAAAAGAAACACCCAAGAGGCAACAAGUGGAGCAAGAAAUAUCUAAGGCUGGGACUGUAAAGCUGACCAAGCCUGUGGCGUUAUGGACCCAGCAGGAUGUCUGCAAAUGGCUGAAGAAACAUUGUCCUAAUCAGUAUCAAAUCUACAGUGAGUCAUUCAAACAGCAUGACAUAACUGGUCGUGCUUUGCUGAGACUCACUGACAAAAAGCUUGAACGAAUGGGCAUUGCCCAGGAAAGCCUGCGACAGCACAUUCUGCAGCAAGUCCUUCAGCUGAAGGUUAGAGAAGAAGUCCGAAACCUCCAGCUGCUUACACAAGAUCUCUACUUAAACAUGGAGCAUGGUUUUUUGCGGGUCAUAGAAAAGCAGCCAGCCCUUACAGCCCAUCAAGCCUCAGCAGAGAGCUCUCCAUAAAUGUUUCCAGCCUCCAAAGCUGCUGUCCUGCCACUCGUUAUGAAAAUGAACUUUCCUUCAUGAAAAAAAAAACAACAAAACAUUAAAUGGUACUGCCAGGUGACCAUGGAGGAUUGAAGACAAACUUGAAGUAACAUCAGCCUACCCAAGAUGACGCAUUCUGAGAAGACCUGGUUUGCUGUAGAGUACCAAUGUGGUGCAUAAUAUCUAGUGCUAAGUUGUGGAAUAUGGUCAUUGAUGGACCUUUAGCUGGAAAAUUUCUUCCAGUUUUCAUCACUGUGCAUAAUUUUUGGGUUCCCUUUAGGGGGACAGUCUAUGCCCUUCACUAGAAGUCCUGUUUUAGCAUGGCAACUACUGGAUUCUUUUGUUAUGUAUGCAGAUGGCAUGAUGUUUUAGGAAAAAACUUAACAGCAGUUCUCCAGCCUCAGUGGAUAUGUUCACGAUAUUAAAACCCUGGUAGGAAUGUAAGCGUCUUGUAUGUGUUCGUUUUGCAGUCUAAUGGCAUUCUGUUGAUGUCAGCACUUCAUACGUGCUUUCUGCACAGAACUAGCACAGCCCAUAUAUAUAUGUACAUAUAUAUAAUGGUCUCCUUUUGAAAUGUUAAGGAUAAGUUUCAGUGUUCGUGCUGAGACUGCAUCCAGACUGAGCUCCACUGCUAGCAUACCUUCACCGAUGCGCGGUAGGUUGUGUAGAUAGAUGUGCACGUGGAAGAGGUGUGACUUCUUGUGUUGCAACGUAGAGAACAGCUGUCACAGAGGUAGCCGAGAGCAGAAUUGGUUGAAUGAGCUGUUGGACGCUGUGUCUGCUCUCCCUCUUAUCUACCAAAUACCAAAAGUUCUUGUUUGUGGUGUGCCAGAGUGUUACUUGGUAAGGGAGAGAGCCUUCCUCAGAGAUGUGUGUGCGACCCUGGGUUUGGUCUACAAUAAAACCAGAAGAAACUGGAAGAAUUGAGGUUCUUCAUGCUGGCCACCAGUUUUAUUUUGGGUGAGGAUGAAGAACCGUAGUCCAAACCAAACUCUCUGAACAAGGUAAAGUCUAAGACUGUACUUCUAAGGAGCAAGACACUCCCUUUGGAGAGAGUAGACUUCUUUGUUAACUUUUUCCACUUUCUAUCCAAAACAUUUUUUUUGGUAGGAACUGGGAAUAAGCAAAUGGUUCCAAUAAGCCUUUCAAUAUACUGUAGCAGGCUCAAGACUGUUGCAUUCAAUCUGAACCUUGUUUUUUGUUAAGUCUCUGAAUGGCUGGCCUCAUCACUGAUUGUAUCACAGCUGGCUGUGGUACUGCUUCUUCCGUGGGGACUCAGUGGAAUUAGCAUCUGUCCCUCACAUCAGGACCUUCCUGACACACUCUUUGUAAUGAACUGAUGCCAUCAACAUACUGAGGGGACUUAACUACUUGUUUCUUCCUUCUUUAAAAUCAAAGGUAGCUUUUUUGUGCAUUUAAAGGCCAUCACCCUCUCCAGCCUGAUGAACAGGUACUAGAGGCACUGUUAGCACAUAUGCCAAACUGUGGGUGAGGUGCCAUACUGGUGCAAAGAUGCAGUGAUGGAGAGAAUGUGCAGCUACAUCAAGUCAAAGGGACCUCUUUAGAAGAAUCUCCUGUGUUAAAAUCCUUAAAAGCUAUUGCACAGUUCAUUGCCAGAGAAUGGAGGGUCCACCACUGAAGAUGUCCAUACAACAAAACUAAAUAUCUUUAGGGCUUGACCUUUUUCAGAUGGGCAUGGGCUUAGGUUUCAACUCUCCACUUAUCUCAGAUUCAGCAUUUUGGAUGCUUCUAUAGUAUAGUCCAAAGUCAAAUCAUUUUGACUGAUGACCAAGAUUUUCAGAAGUCAGUAGUGAUUUCUAAUGGUCUAGGUCUUUCCAUAGGUUCUCAGGUGGAGCUCCCAAGAAUUACAAAGCAGUAAGUUUCUACGUUCUCUUUCUGAAAAUCCUUUUCCCUAAUCUUAAAUUAAUUGGUGUAAAAAUCCUCCUUAAGGUGUAAGAAUCUUUGCCAGUGGCAACAUUUGCACUUUGUAGAGCUUUUCAUAGGGUUGCAGGUUGGAAACUGAUACCAAGAGACCCGACUGUGCACAUGGCACAGGUCCACUGUAAGCUCCCCAAAUUUUAUAGCUGUUUGUGCUGCAAGUUUUAAAAAGGUGCUCUGGCAAUUGGCAUCAACUCCAUGUUAGUACAGCAGUUAAAAGAAUGAACCACUGAUGUAAGUCAUUUCAAGAAGAGGGAGAAUGCUGUGCUUCUGCAGUGAGAUUUCUCUUAUUUUACUACCCAGUGAAAAAACUUGAAGCAAUUUGAAUGAUAAAGGAAGAGUAUAUCAGAGAGAGAUGUCUUAAAAGGGCGUACAGAAGAAGUUGAGUUAGGCAGAAAGCCAUUAGAAGCAUUUUUUGUAUCAAUGUUAGUUUUGACCAUCUUCCAGUAUAUGGGCAUGAAUUUAGAUGUGUGCACUUCUCCUGUUGAAACAGUUUGUUUUAAAAGCUUCCCAGGAUUUUAGCUAUGGUGACCUAGAAAAGCAGUGUUAAUAGGCCCUGAGAAAUGUGAAAAUGAAGUCCAGACCCUUGUGUAGCCAGACUUGGUGAGAAGUCUGCUGUAGGUGCCUAUUGGACAAAUCUCCCUUGAAGCUAGUGUAGGUCUCCAUCCUGCAGCCAGCCUGUGCAUGUGGAUAACUGCAAGUCUAGUUCCCCCGAGCCCUGUAACACUUCUCACGUGUGUAACUGUCUGCCAGAGCCAUAAGGAAGUAACUGUACCGUUUGGCUUGUAUUUAACUCUUCAUUGUGUUUGGACUUUUUCAUCACUGUUAUUCUCCCAAAGUAGGCCAUGCUUCCUCAGGGAUAUUUAUGAAAUUGUCCUGCAUCUCCUGAACAACUAUCUGGAUCCCAGUGUACUCUUCUGAAAACUUUUUAGUAUAAAUAAACAUGUGGGAGAGAUUUUUGUUAUUGUGAGUGGGGGCAGGUGCUGUGUUCUCAGAAAGGCUGUGGAGUGCAGACAAUCAAGGCUGUUGCAUUUUUUAUGCUGAACACCUUAUUAAUAGCAGACACAUCCGCUUUUGCCUGGGUUGCAGGAACAGUUCAGGGGAAAGAAUGCUUUAUCUCUAGUCAAUAAAUCAUUGAUGUCGAGAGUGCCAAAGACCAAGUCAACAUGAAAGGGAGUGAAUAAGUUAUUCCUGCAAAGGAAGUGAAUUUAAAUAUGCUCAGAGCCAUUAGUUCAGUGCAAAAGAGUGGGAGACUAAUGCUAUUUUCAUAAAUCAGCAAUUAUAAGUCCUGUGGAGACAGAUAAAUUUGCAAAGGCCAGUGCUGCUGUUACGUUGGUCACCAGUUAUUAUCUCUGAAAUGAACCAGUAUUGGCAUCAGGACACUGUGUGCAGCCUUCCUCCCAUGCCUGGUGCCUUUCCCUGCUGCUGCUGCUGCACUUGCCUGGGUUCUUUGGGUCAAGAAAGGUUGCAGCAUCAGACCCCACUAAGAAACACUGACAGAGACAUAGCCAUCCCAAGUGCUGCAAACAGGGGGAAGUCCUGCACUAGAAACCUGAAGGAAUUGCACUGCAGCUGAGAGCAUCCUCUGUGCUGUUUUGUUCCUUUGGGUUUUGUUUGUUUGUUUUUCCCAUCUGCAUGUCUUUCUGUGCCUGAACAGCCUCCAUUUAUUCUGUUAAGGGCAAUGCAGCCUUCCAGGAGCAGAGUUUGAAAAAGCUCUCUGAGCUCUUUGAUUUUGCCCACCCAGUUGCACAGUGGUGUGCCACCACUGGGUUUGUUUAUCCCUCCCUAUCUAUUCCUUAGCAUAAGUGUUGCCACUCAACAGCAGCUGCAGCAUCUCUAAGGAAAUCAAACCAUUAUGAAUUAUAACAUUCUGGGUUUGUUUUGCCCCAAAUUGACAGAAGACCCCAGGCCAGACCCCAGGUGCACUUGAAAUGGCACUACAGCAUCAGAGUCUCUGGAGAUGUGUUGGUUAGUGCCAGCCAUGGACCCAGGCCUGGUUUUCUUACCACUCCUUCCACCUGCCACACAGCCACAAGAUCCUGAUCAAAAUUGUCUCAGGCAGGCAAAGUAAAAUGCUGCAUCUUUCACAUCGUUCCCCUUUCAGCAAUUAACAUCUCUGUCAUCAGUGUCUCCUUGAACAGCCCCGCUGCAGCACUGUGCUGCAAUUGACCCUGGUAUAUAUAGACUGUGGUCAAUAAGAUUUUAAUUUAAAAAGAAAAGCUCCUCUGGUAUAAUUAAAAUUGAUGGCUAAGGGGGAAAGUGCUACCAGCAUUACCUGCAGCUUCCUAUAGGAAAAUUCAGGAGUUAUCUGGAGUGAAGAAAAACCCACCAACAUAAUGUGUGGGCGAUUAGGCAGGUUUAUGAGGAUAAAUCAGCAAGUAAGGAAAGUAGAUGUUUGAAGAGAGAAGCAGAAAAAUGUAUGGGAAGUCAGUGGGCAAUAGGGCUGGUGAGGCUUUACAUACAUCCUAGUAAAUGCUGUCAUAGCAAAGCUAAGUCUGGUGUUAAACAGGCACAACACAGUGAUUAUUCAUAGCAUGUGGGGAAAAAAACCCAACAAAAAUAUUCUGGGUUUGUAUUUGAAAGCAAUAGAAUCACAGAAUUAUUGAGGCUGAAACAGACCUCUGAGAUCACCAAGCCCAGCCUAUGACCUAACACCAGCUCCCCCAAGAAGGAGGGAGUCAGGCUGCAUGCUAAAAUGUCAUUUCUGCCACUCCAUCUGUAAUUAUGGGCAAUAUUAAGCAGCAAUAUUAAGCUGUCCUGGGUUAACACAGCCUGCUCUCAGAAACCCCACACCCCACACACAGAUUGGAGGGAAAGUAACACAAAAAAUAGCCUGAGAUAAUGAAUUUAAUUAGGUAAUAAAUGCACAUUUGCCUUUGUCUGCAGAAAAUGUGCAGCAAAAUGCAGAAGCAGCAGCAGCAGAAUCCAGUGAUAAAAACAGUUCCCCCAAUCCAAGCAUGCAGAAGCCAGCCCAGCAGAAAAGACCAACACCCCAAAAAAACCAGAACCCAAAGCAGCAACCAGAAUAGGAAGCCUUCCCUGUUGCAAUUUGAACUUCAAGCCCCAGGAUACUUUGCUCCAGCUUUCAUUUUGAAGCUGGCAUGGUCUUGAAUAUCAGCAGCAUGGUAUUAAAUAUCAACAGCAGAUUCAACUCAACCUAUCCAAACAGAUUUUUACAUUUGUAGAGCCAUUAACUGAAUCCAAAAGUGAAACAAAACUUCCCUAUGACUCCUCAAAAUCACACAACAUAAGGGAAGCUUCAAGUGACACCCAAGCCUGCAAAGUUCAGAAGGAGUGAUUUGACACAGGAAACCAGAGGUCAUUAGUCUAAGCAAAAUCAUGGAAAGGUUGCUAUGGUUUAGUUCUUAUAGCAAUUAAAAAUUGAUUAAAUCCUCCAAAAGGCUAUUCUAGAAAUGCAUCCUGCCAAAUAAACUUCUGGUUUAGGCUUGUUGGUAAAGUCUGCUGGCAUACUGUACUUGGCCUCCUGUAGAUCAUCUGAUUCUUGGAAAAGAGGAAAGAGCACAACACAAAAUUGGUGUCACCCAUAUUGAGUAGAUUAAAACAUUACAAGCCUAGACCACAGAAAAUGGCUGGAACUGUGACAUUUUCAUCAGCAAGACCGUUUCUAAUGAGCUGCUCCCAAUGUAUGCUCUGUUUUCAAUAUUCCUUUCAGGGAAAGAGAAAAUUACUGUUGGCAACAGCCGGAGAUGACUGAAACAGGGGUGCAGUAACUAUGAUACGAAUCAAGUCAGUGUCAGAGAGUAACCUGGAGGACAGCAGUGUCGGAAAUCCAGGAGAGAUGGGAGCAAGUCUGAUUUAAAGGUAUGAGGAGUAUGGCUGGAUUCAUAUAGUGGCUGUGAAGGUGUGAUAAAUAAUCCAUCCAGUGUUAGCCCCAGAGAUGCUUUUGCCAGCAGGGCUGUAGGAGCUGGCAGUAGUGAUGCUGUUGCAGUUUGUUUGGUUACUGCCUGUAUUUUUAAGAGAGUAUUGACAGCUUGGAAAGAUUAUUUUCAAUAGCUCCCAGUGUCAUUCAAGGGCAGGAAAACAGGUCUUAUUAUAGUGUCAGACUAAUGAAGCUCAAGCUAUUAAUUUAUCAGAGGCAAAUGGAAGAGGUGACUCCAUCUCUGUGUGCAAUCACAGUCUUCUACCUGGGCAGGGAAGUGCUGUCUGAAGGCAGCUAGCUCUUUUAUUUAGAAGAAAAGGGACUGAUGUGCUCUACUGGUUAGAAACUGAUUUCAGACUAGAAAUUAAGUGCAGAUGCUCGACGGGGAGGAUAAUUACCUGUGGAGACAACUUACUUAGUUACCUGGCACGUUCUCCGCUGUACAAAGUCUUUAAAUGUAUGCAGAGUAUUUUUCUAAGUCAAUGAGCUCUACCUCAAACUGAAAUCCAGGCUCAGAGCAGCAGUUACUGGAUGUGGUUAUUUAGGUGUGUGUUAUGCAAGGGUUAGAUUAGAUCAUCAGAUGUAGACUUCUGAAUUAUAAAGACCUUAAUGUUUCAAACAUUACAGGAGGGUAGAGCAACCUAUAGCCAUUGUUUCACACCAAAUGGUCUUAAUUUAAAGAGUCUAUAUGAAUAGAGCUGUGCUUGCUAGCAUUUGGUGUGAGUGUUGGUAGGUCUGCUUGCAGUUGUAAGGUUCUCUAUUUGAAGGAUCAGAACUGGACAAGAAAGGACAAGAAGAAUCCUUGGAUGUGCAGGGAAAAGCUGUGACUUUCAUCAGUCAUGGCCUGGGACAAAAUGCUGCAUGCAGAUGAGCCAAGUGGGUGUGUAGUCUGAUCAAGGAAUAGCAGCUGUGGGUUUGCCUCUUAAGUAAAAAGGUUGCAUCUUGCUGGCAAGAAACGGAUUCUCCUGCCUUCAAGAACCGAAACUGCUGAUUGAGCUGCUGAUAUUGUGCCCUUGUGCAGCUGAACACUGUAGAGAGGCUCCUUGCUUCAAAGACAGCAAACCCUUCCUGCUAGCAUUAUGAGCCCCAUCAGAGCUGGUUAAGGAAGCUCUAGAAGUGAAGUGACAUCAGUAGCAACAGGUGCUCCCUGCAGUGGCUUUUUGUAAGGUUAGGCCCCGCUACUGUUGGCUGGCUUGAAUGAGGAGCUGUAGAAGUAAACAAAGGAGCACUGGGUGUCUGAUUCAGGUUUCACAACACCUCUGUCAAGGCAGGUGUGAACUGUCACCGCCAUCUUCUACUGAGCUUCAUCAGGCAGUGCAGGGCAGCACAAACUAGGAUGUAUGGUUUAGAGAGUAAACAGUUCAUGCAAACAAGAGAAACUAUAAAAGCAAUGCUUGCUCACUGCAAAUUGGUAUUGAAUCACCAUCCAGAAGCUGAAAUAAGAAGGGAGCAAGCUACUCCAUGGCUAAGGAGAGAAAGAUCUUUGGGGAUUCUUGCUCUAAUCCAGUGUGAAAUCCUAAGAAAAUGAGUUUGGUCUAGAUUUAUUGUUUAAAGAACAUUGGUACAUGCUUGCUGCCUGUCAAAUAAAUUCUGUGGAGUCACUGGCUUUGGUGCAUGAUAGCUUACGAGUGUGCUCACCCUGCUGAGACACCUUGCAGCUCUGGAGGAGAGCAGCCCUUAGCAGGCGUGUCUGGGGUCAGGCUGGACAGAGAAGCAGCUGAUCUUGCAGGUGACUGCAUAAUGUCUACUUCUGCUGUAAAAGUAGGAUUUGUCAGCAUUAUUAUAACAUUCCUGAGAAUGAGGUGAAAAGCUCCUUUCUGAUUUUAAUUCCAAAUAGAUCUAAAUACUGUUUAAAAAGAGCUCUGUAGCUGUUGUUACAUCUGUAAUCACAUUACUUCUGUUAAGUACUUGCCUUGAUUUCAUCUGUUUAAUAUCAUAAAUCUCCAAAUCAAUUAGUGAUACACAGGGUGUUGGUUUUUUUAAAGCAGGGAGAUCAAUAUUGCAGCAAAACUGCAUGUAAGCAAUAAGAAGCUGUGUGGAGGAGGGUAGAAAAGACACAAUUUGCCCCAUCAGAUGCUUAGGGGACUUGUCUGGUUUGGUUUGUUUAUUGAGAUCAUAGUUUUACAUCUAAGCAAAGGCUCUGGUCUCAAGACCAAUCCAGAUAAAGAAGUGUUUGGAGUUCUCUCAUCACUUCAUCUGCAUCUCUUGUAUGCAAAAGGCUCCUUCUCUGCUUUUCUUCUGAAAAGGGUAGAAAAGAGAUUAGGUGGCAAUAGAGAAAGCACAGUCCAACAUGAGCUUCCAGCCUAUGCAAAGCAUCUCAGCACCUGACCCAGAUCCCAGCCUUCUUCCCCUGAGUGCAACACCACUGACCAAGGGGAGGAAUAGGGCACAGGCGAAGCCAAGUCCUGUGCCACGCUGAGUGCUCUCUUGAAGCUGUUGCAGAAGACACAUUACCUUGCAGGAUUGGCCCCCAUGUUUUGGGGCAUUACUUGGGGUUGCUGCUGUCUGCUUGUUUUCCCCUAAAAUACAGUUGAGCUCUGGCACUGGGAAUGACCAGCAUUGACCCAAAGAGGCUGAGUGCUCUGAGGAAAAGAUUCCCUUGCUUUGCUGGGAUACUUGAUGAGCCCAAGAGGCAUAUUUGUAACCUGCUCACAAUUAUUUUAGAAUCUGGACGUGCUUUGGGGCAUGCUAAACUUUGUUUUCAGUUUCUUGUAGGUACUGCAAUCACCUGCACCUGCCUCACCAUUAUUCUUUCCUUUCACAAGUGGGCAUAAGAUGGGAUUAAUGCCUGCCUGGCUCCAUGCAGCAUAAACCAGCAAAGGGGGUUCUGAAUUUAGGCUCCUCUAUUUCCAGGCAUUGAAUGUAAUGUUGAUUGAACCUGACCAGCUGGAAUUAUAGUUACACCUGAGCUGCCUCCAAAGGUUGCCCACAAAUCAUAGCCCAUGGACAUAAUCAGGUGCCAGGCUGUGCUUGCACAUCAGCACUGGCAGUUGGUGAUGGUCAUGGGCUGCAGGGAGCAAGAGAGAGGCUGGGAUCAAGGUCUUGCAAAAUCUGGUGGCCUGAUGCAGAAAAGCUGGAUGCAGAGAGGCUGAGUGCAAGCUCACGGCUGUGCUCUAUGGUCAAAAUGAUCUGAAGCUGGCAAGUUGUGUCUGGUCCAGCUGCCUUAGGAGUCAGUUCCACUCUACAUUCACUGAGGAAAUUUUAUCUAAGCCAGUGACCUCCUUUCAGUGUUAACUUGGUUGACAAUCUAGGACAAUGCCAGCACUCCCCUAGCUAAACAGCGACUGUUACUCCCAGUCAGUCAGUCCAUGGCUGAACUUUUCAAAGACAGAGCCAAAUGAGGUGGCAUAAGACAAAAGUGUGCCUUUUAGUUUGAUGUACACUGCAUGUCCCCAGGCAUCCAAGGUGUUCAUCUGUCCAGCAGUGCUUGCCUUUUUCUGUUGUCGUUGUUGUUCUUUCCCCCCAAAGAAAUGCUCAUGCAGUCUAAUUUUUAGCAUUCAAAGUGGUCAUUGCUGUUAAUUCCACCCUACAUUUUUUAUGUAGUUACUCUUUAUUUCCUUCUGUUUUCACCAUUCAACAAAAAGUAAAAAUCCCAGGCGGGAGGGAGAAACUCUUUUAAAUUACAAAACCAAUAUCAAGAUUUUGGUAUCUUUGGGCACAAUCUCUGGAAGCUUUGGAUAUCUGCUUUAUCAUUUUGUAUAUUUGAACAAUUUUGUACUCUGCAUUGUUUGACUUCAUUUGUGCAUGGCGAUGUAUUAAAACAUGGAAUUUUUAUUAUACAGUACAA